AUGACAGACAGAAUAAGCAGUUUACCAGAUGAAGUGUUAUGUCAGAUUCUUUCUUUUCUCCCAACCAAAAUAUCUGUUUCAACAAGCAUUCUCUCAAAGAGGUGGAAACCUCUCUGGUUUUCAGUUCCUGCUAUUGAUUUCUACUUUCCAUAUAACUAUUUGGAUAAAUCCUUACCUACUUUUUCUUCCAUGUGCACUUUCAUUCUUUCCCGGAAUUCAGCACAGUCCAUCCAAAGAUUUCGCCUCACAAUUUCUCAUCCGAAAAUGCUUGAACAUUAUCAGAUAGAGUCAUUUAUUACAGCUGCUUUGUUGUUAGCACACAGUGUUGAACAUCUUGAUCUUGAUCUUAAUUUACAUUCUCCUAUUCUUAUUUCAUAUAACCUACUUUUCUGCAAAACUCUUAGGGUUCUCAAAUUGAAUCAUGUGACAUUAACAACACCCUCUUCGGCUGAUCUUCCCUUACUUAAAGUCCUGCAUCUUCACAGUAUUCAUAUUUUAGAACAAUCCCGUAAUCAUCUUCAACAAAUGCUUUCUGCAUGUCCUAAUGUUGAGGACUUGAAAGUCAAGGAUGUACUUUUUGGUGGCUAUGACGUUAUAAACGAGUUUAAACUAUUGCCUAAUUUGGUUAGGGCUGUUAUUGAAAAAGAUACAGUUCCUUUGAAAGUGGUUGAAAAUGUUCAGUUUCUUAGCAUACAGAUGAAGGUCAGCGAGGGAAAGACUGAUGUCCCAAUUCCUGUGUUUCAUAAUUUAACUCACUUUGAACUCAAGAGUUAUUAUUGUUGUGAUCUUAAUCCUUCAAUAUACUGGGAUGAUGUAUUUGAAUUGGUGAAGCAUUGUCCCAAGCUUCAAAAUCUUUCUAUUGACAAGGGCGUGCAAUUUUUCGGUGUGUACCCAUUGUCUACCUUUUAUGAUUGGCCUUCUCGACAGUGUGUUCCCAUAUGCAUCUCAUUGACUCUCAGAACAUGUCUUCUAAAUAAUUAUACGGGAAAUCAUUGGGAGUUUGAAUUGGCUAAGUAUAUUAUGAAGAAUGCAAAAUUUCUGAAGGAUAUGAUAAUCUGCUAUGACGCACAAAAGGUGAAGGUUGCCACCAUAGAACGACUAUCAUUAUGUUCCAGGCUCUCUCCUACUUUGUCAUGUUGUAAACCAAAAUGGUUAGUUGAGUCAGUUACAAUGUUGAGUUAUAAAUACCUUUUAGCUUCUGUUUUUGAAUCUUCUUCAAGUUUCUUGAUGACCAGAUCAAGAUCAUCCGCAACUCCUUUCACAGUUGUACCUGCAAUUGUUGUAAGGGUUAGAAUGAACAAGGUAAGAGGAAGGGAGAAUGGAAUGGAAGAGAGAGAAGCAAUGAUAAAGAAACUUACCUAUGUUAUGUCCACGGGGUUAACCUUCUCAGCCGCAUUUGCAUUUUUGUCAAGUGAAAGGCAAAACAAUUUCACUUGGGCUUUGGAAAGGCCUAAAGGUUCAUUUAUGACAUCUGAGGAUGAACCUAAAGUCUUUGUCAAUGACCGAGACUUGGCUUUGAUGAAUGCCAUUGCAAAUGUUUUCCCUGAGUCAUAUCAGAUGUUAUGUUGGCUCCCCAUCCUUAAAAAUGUUAAAGCUAAAUGCAAAAUGUUAGUUAAUUCUACUGAUGCUUGGGAUGUGUUGAUGGAGGCAUGGGAAAACAUGAUGCAAUAG